AUGACUGAUCUGUUCACCUGCGAAGCCGAUCUCCCGACAACUACCACCAAGGUCAAUCCUGCCCCAGCAACAACCACUCCCGGAGGUCAUGACGGAGGAUGGGGUUCCAGCAGCCACACCGGUGGUCCAUCAGGAGGAAACGGUGGCUGGGGUUCCAGCAGCAAUACAGUUGGACCAACCGGCGGCGAUGGUGGCUGGGGCUCCAGCAGCCAUACCGGUGGUCCAUCAGGAGGAAAUGGUGGAUGGGGCUCUAGCAGCACCACUGGCACUGGUGGAAAUGGUGGAUGGGGAUCGAGCAGUACCACAGGCACAACCACCGAUGGUCAUGAGCACCCUGGUACCACCACCAGCCCUGUACACCCCGAAACCACCACCAGCCAUGAUGGUCACGACACUACAAGCAGCCACUCGGUUCCAUCGGGCACCACUAGUACAGGACAGAGCACCUCGGUGUCUGGAACCACAACGAGCCAAACCACAACAAGUGCUACCACAACUUCGUCAUGUGGACCAACAGCUUCGUCAGUGGGUAUUGAUAUUCCAACAUGCAACAAUGCUGAGAACCGUGGCCGUUGGUGCGGAAGCCGGUCUGUUGAUGAUGAUACCCACACCACUUUCCAGACUGGUAAUACCAAGCGCUACACUUUGACCAUUACUUCAGAGUUGAUCGACUUUGACGGCACCCCCAAGUCUUCGUUCGCUAUCAAUGGCAAGACUCCUGGUGAGCCCAUCAUCGCUAAUUGGGGUGACAUGGUCGAGGUCACUGUCAUCAACGGACUGACCGAUAAUGCCACUACUAUCCAUUGGCAUGGUAUCCGACAAACUGGCUCGAAUGACCAGGAUGGUGUCCCCGGUGUUACUGAGUGUGGUAUCGCACCAGGGACCGGCCGAACCUACACCUGGCACGCCUCUACUUAUGGAACCGGUUGGUAUCACUCUCACGCCUUGGCUCAAUAUGGAGGUGGUAUUCGAGGCCCCAUCAUCAUUCACGGGCCUGCCACGGCAAACUACGACUAUGAUAUGGGCACAAUCAUGGUUGAUGAGACUUUCAGCCAAACUAUCUUCCAGAUGGCCUGGAACAUUGCCAGAGUCCGAGGAGCCUUGCCCGCAUCGACAAACUACUUGCUCAACGGAAAGAAUAAGUCUCCAGAUGGAAGCACUGGUGAGAGUGCACGCUGGGUUGUGAAGAAGGGCAAAAAGCACUUGUUCCGUAUCAUCAACAGUGCUGCUCAAUCUGCCUUCGCCGUCCGAUUUGACAACCACAAGAUCAAGGUCGUUAGCGCCGAUUUCACCCCAGUCGUCCCUUAUGACACCGAGGUCCUAUGGAUUCAACCAGGGCAGCGAUACAAUGUCAUUCUUGAGGCGAACCAACCCGAUGGAGCCUACUUCUUGCGUGCUGUUUCGCAAACCGGCUGUGGUGCUACAUCUUUGAACAAUGGCCUGGGCAAUUCAAAUGGUAUCUUUACCUACGAGGGUGCUUGCGCAGCUACUCCAGUAUCCAGCAACGCCACCAUCGUUACCGCUGGUAUUUGCAACGAUGAGCCUCUAGCAAGCCUCGUUCCCCACUUCAAGAAGUCCGCCGGCUCCGCUUCAGAGUUCCAACAGAAGGUCAAGCUUCUCCCGGCCGGAAACGCUGGCAGUCAGGUCUUUGAUGGCUUUGGAUCUAUUCUCAGAUGGUAUCUCGGAGGAGCGUCGACCGAUCUUUCCACAAACAGCGCCACCCCGGCUGGCAGCAAGACCAUUAACGUGACCUUUGAGGAGCCCACACUCAAGACUCUGUCCACGCUGCCUGGCUUGGCCUACAACAGCUCCUUGUACGGAAACAGUGCCGUGCUCGAUGGUCCUGCCAACGAAUGGGUAUACUUCGUUAUUCAGAACAACUUCCAGACCUCGCAUCCCAUGCAUCUUCACGGACACGAUUUCUCCGUCCUCGGACAAGGUCGUGGUGUUUUCACAUCUGACAUGGUUGGACAACUCAACUUCGACAACCCGAUCCGACGAGAUACCGCUCUGCUCUUUGGUGGCGGCAGCCCCACCGCCUUCAUUUCUGGCUGGACUGUCAUCGGGUUCGAGACCGACAACCCUGGAGCCUGGGUGAUGCACUGCCACUUGAUCUGGCACGCUGAUGGCGGUAUGGGUCUCCAGUAUCUCGAGCGCCCUGCCGAGAUCAAGGACUACUACGGCGCUGAGUUCAAGCAAGAGUGCUCAAACUACGACGCCUACCGGGCUGCUGGUGGCCACGACAAGCACCCCUAUGAGGCUGGUUUCAAGCGUCACUUGUCCGGCCGCCAAGGCAUUGGCCACUCCCACGGAAAUGUUCUCCGCCACUAG